AUGGAUUACUCUUUUGCAGAAGCACCAACAAACAGCCAGCAGAACAACACGUCAACUAGUUCAUACAACUCUGCAAACUGUCAAUUAAAAACAACUACGACAAAAUCCGAUUUUGUGAACAUUAUUGCUUACGCUACGCGUAGUGUCAUAUUGUGCCUACUAUCAAUAGCUCUGGUUGUGUACGUCCUAACCGACUAUGGUAUCAUUUUAGAGUUGCAAGUCGUCUUCGGUUGCGUCAUCACCUCCUACUUCUUUAAGAAAAGGUUUGAAAGGAUGAUUUAUGGGAAAGAUCCAGAAACUUUGGCUUUCUCUCGCCAACUUGCUUAUGUUUUGAUUUUCGGCAUGGCCGUUCACAGAGCCUACUACGCAACAAAUUUCUGGCUGUCUAUAUUCAACACAUUUCACACUCUGUUCAUUGGUUCUUUUCUUCUGAAAUGUAAAGUAGCCAGCCAGCCGUUGAACAUCGGAAUAGCCAAAACUAACUUUCUCACGGCAUAA